UAUUUUUUGUACCGUCUUUAGAACGGAGUACUUCGUUUUUCUUCUAUUGUGCUCUGCAACUGUGCUUUCCUCCUCCUCUCAAAACCCUCCCGGCUUGCGGUGGGAGAUGCCGACAAUGGCUAAUUCACACUUCAAACAACCCAACGGCACAGUUUCCAACAAUGAUUCCAGGAGGCAAAAGCUUUUGCAGCAGAGAAAAUCCCUUCCCAUUGCUACUGUUGAGAAACGAUUAGUGGAGGAGAUUCGCAAUAAUCACAUUCUGAUUAUUGUUGGUGAAACUGGAAGUGGCAAGACUACUCAGUUACCCCAAUAUUUGUUCAAAGCCGGCUUCUGCCACGAUGGAAAAUUGGUUGGAGUUACUCAACCUAGGCGUGUUGCUGCUGUUACUGUGGCGAAAAGAGUGGCGGAGGAGUGUGGUGUGCAAUUAGGACAAAGGGUUGGAUAUUCAGUUAGAUUUGAUGACAUGACUUCUGGAUCAACUAGGAUCAAGUACAUGACAGAUGGGCUAUUAUUGAGGGAAGCAUUACUGGAUCCUUAUCUAUCUAAGUAUUCAGUUAUUGUUGUUGAUGAAGCUCAUGAGAGAACUGUUCACACUGAUGUGUUACUUGCCUUGCUGAAAAGUGUUCAGAAAGCUAGAUCUCAGACUGCAAAUGAGUUGGUUGGUAGAGAAAACUCAAGUAAUGACGCAAAUUUGGAGAAAGGCAAAGAAGCUCAAACGACUGGCCCACUCAAGAAAGGCCAGGGUGCAAAAUUUCCUCCUCUACGGCUGGUAAUUAUGUCUGCCAGCUUAGACGCACAAAUAUUCUCCGAGUACUUUGGUGGUGCAAAGGCUGUUCAUGUUCAGGGAAGACAGUUCCCUGUUGAUAUAUUUUAUACUCUGCAUGCUGAGACAGAUUAUGUUGAGGCAGCAAUGGUGACAAUAUUUCAGAUUCAUUCAGAGGAGGCUCCUGGUGAUAUACUUGUGUUUUUAACUGGUCAAGAAGAGAUUGAAUCUGUAGAAGGGCUUGUGAGAGACAAAUUGCCACAAUUACCUGAAGGCAAUCGAAAUAUUGUAACUGUUCCUAUUUAUGCAUCUCUUCCCUCAGAACAGCAAAUGAAAGCUUUCAUGCCUGCCCCAGCUGGAUUUCGUAAGGUAAUACUGGCAACAAACAUUGCUGAGACAUCAGUGACAAUACCGGGAAUUAAGUAUGUUGUAGACCCUGGAGUGGUGAAAGCCCGGAACUAUAAUCCUCGUACAGGGAUAGAGUCAUUAAACGUUAUUCCUACUUCAAAAGCACAAGCUCUUCAAAGGAGUGGACGUGCAGGGCGUGAAGGAGCAGGAAAAUGCUUCCGCCUUUAUACAGAGAGGGAAUUUGAGAAACUUGCGGACUCCACGGUGCCAGAAAUAAAGCGAUGCAACCUUUCAAAUGUCAUUUUACAACUCAAAGCUCUAGGAGUUGAUGAUAUUAUUGGCUUUGACUUCAUGGAAAAACCUUCACGUAUGGCAAUUGUGAAGUCUCUGGAAGAAUUGUUCUUGCUCGGCGCUUUAACAGAGGAUUAUAAGCUUUCAGAUCCUAUUGGCAAGCAAAUGGCUAGACUUCCUUUAGACCCAAUUUAUUCCAAGGCCCUUAUUCUGUCUAGCCAAUUCAACUGCUUGGAGGAAAUGCUAAUAGCCGUCGCAAUGCUCUCUGUUGAAUCAAUUUUUUUUACACCACGUGAAAAGCAAGAAGAGGCUAGGACUGCAAUCAAGCGAUUUUCUAGUACUGAAGGAGACCACAUAACCCUGAUUAACGUGUAUAGAUCAUGCGAUGAGUUCUUGGAGAGUGGCAAUGCUAAUAACAGCAAGGACAAAAUUUUCAAGAAUAUGAAGAAAUGGUGCAAAGAUAACUUUGUAAAUGGCCGCUCACUCAGACAUGCUCGUGAUGUACACAGUCAAAUUAGAAGACAUGUCGAACAAAUGGGCCUUCGUAUUGCUUCAUGUGGAGAAGAUAUGAUUCUAUUUCGCAGAUGCCUUGCAGCUUCCUUUUUCCUCAAUGCUGCUUUGAGACAGCCUGAUGGUACAUAUAGGGCUUUGGCAAGCAGUCAGAUAGUGCAAAUCCACCCAACUUCUGUGUUGUUUCGGGCAAAGCCAGACUGCAUAGUAUUCAAUGAACUGGUCAGAACGAACCAGAACUACAUCCGUGAUGUUACUAGAAUUGAUCCUAUGUGGUUGACAGAGUUGGCUCCUCAUUUCUAUGCCAGACAAGAUUAACAUUCCGUACACGUACAAAGAGAGCAGCUGUAGAUUAUACUGCAUCAGACAAUUUAAGUGGCUGUAGCCUACACAUUUGCCUGUUUUUGCACUUAUGGGACAUGACAUGAUCUAUUCACUCAAAACUCGUGUGAAAAUCGAUAUGGUUGGGUGCUAAUGCCUUAAUGGGGGUUGAAUCUGCGCAUUUCUCAAGCCGUGUUUUGUUUGAAGGUGCUGAGGGUGCAUUCACUUGCACAGUUUCAUCAAAAAGCAGUUCAAAAGGAGAGUAUUAUGAUGAUGGUUAAAACUACCGAACUUUGGUAAGAAUAUUGAGGAUUCAGGAUGGAAGCAGGGCGAUCCCUUCACGACGUCAUCAAUGACUGCCGACGUAUCCAAGGUUAUUUGUUCCUUCGGAAGCAUAAUAUUUUUUAGGGAAAUUUUCAAUGGUUACCCUGUACUACUAGACUUCCUCAAUUAUAGGAAAAAAAACUAUAUAUUGUCUUUGAUAACCUCGUGUUAUUUAUUUAUAGGAACUAGGGUAUUAAUUACUAAUGAGAGUUUAUAUGUAAGAUUGGGGAAAUUCUCAAUGGUAACCCUGUAAUAUUACACUUUCUCAAUGGUAGCAAAAAAAAAAAGUUAUUGUCUUUA